AAAAUUGUUGAACAGAGCAGGUGGGUCUUAGAAGCCAAAAGCAUCCGUCCUUUGCUGCUCUCCAAAGGAUCACACUCCCAGUAGGCAACUAGUUCAAGCUUCUCUUCUCCUUCUUCGUUUGCAUGAUCCAAUCUUAAAAGUUAAGCCCUAUAAAUCAACUAAACACCAGUUUCCACAACGCCUCUCUCUGUUUUUCUCUUUCUGAUCUGAUCAUGGCCCAUUCGGCAGCAGUCUCGCAGGUUUCUUUUGCUGUUCCUAUUGGGAGCGAUUCCACUCUGCGAAGAUCAGUUCUGAAGCCACACAGUAUAAGAUUCAGUGAUAAAUCAUGGGCCCCUUCAUUAGCUGUGGACUUGAAACCAAGGAAUGCUCAAUUGCAAAGUCGAUACAUAGUAUGCAUGUCAGUGCAACAAGCCAGGAGAUCUAAAGUUGCAGUUUUACCUUCAGAUCUUGAAGAUGCUAAAGAGCCUCCAUUGAAUACAUACAAGCCUAAGGAACCUUACACGGCUACCAUUGUCUCUGUUGAGAGGCUUGUAGGGCCAAAAGCUCCAGGAGAGACCUGCCAUAUUGUGAUUGAUCAUGGUGGAAAUGUUCCUUACUGGGAAGGGCAAAGUUACGGUGUUAUUCCUCCUGGUGAAAACCCAAAGAAGCCAGGUGCACCUCACAACGUACGUCUCUAUUCAAUAGCAUCUAGCAGGUAUGGAGACAAUUUCGAUGGAAAGACAGCUACUUUAUGUGUUCGUCGUGCUCUCUAUUAUGAUCCUGAGACUGGGAAGGAGGAUCCCUCAAAGAGUGGUAUAUGCAGCAAUUUCCUUUGCAACUCAAAGCCUGGGGAUAAAGUUCAAAUCACUGGACCCUCUGGCAAGAUAAUGCUUUUGCCUGAAGAUAACCCUUCUGCAACCCAUAUAAUGAUUGCAACUGGUACUGGCGUGGCUCCUUUCAGAGGCUACCUCCGACGUAUGUUCAUGGAGAAUGUUUCAUUCAAGUUUAGCGGUCUGGCAUGGCUUUUCCUUGGGGUAGCGAACACUGACAGUCUCCUCUAUGACGAUGAAUUUACAAAGUAUCUUCAAGACUACCCAGACCAGUUCCUCUAUGACAAGGCACUUAGCAGAGAACAAAAGAACAAGAGCGGAGGAAAGAUGUAUGUGCAGGAUAAGAUCGAGGAAUACAGCGAUGAAAUCUUCAAACUCUUGGAUGGUGGAGCUCACAUUUACUUCUGCGGGCUCAAGGGAAUGAUGCCUGGGAUUCAAGAUACCCUGAAGAGAGUUGCAGAGCAGAGAGGAGAAAGCUGGGAGCAGAAGCUCUCUCAGCUCAAGAAGAACAAGCAAUGGCAUGUGGAGGUGUAUUGAUUUUGCAUAUUGUUAAUCUGGUUCUCAGGUGGACAACAAGUAGCAGGCCCAUGUGGCAUUUUUCAAUUGUUAUUUGAUCAGCUUUGCAUAAACUAAAGAUUAGCUGUUAAAUUCAUCUGUAUUAUUAAAUAAGAAAAAGAUUCUCUUCAUUAUAACA